CAAUAUGUCAUAAAAUUAAGAAGGUGAUAAAGCAUUAAAAGAACAAUAUUUGUAAGAUCAAGUUGAAAAGGGUUUAGAUGCUGAUUAAUGUGCAUAAUUUCUUCUGACAUUAAAACCUGAAGGUGGUGAUGAUAUAGAUAAUUGGACUUUAAAUGAAUUGAGUAUAUUCUAUAUAAAAAUUAUAGAGGAUGCAAUUGAGUAAUUUAAGGAAUCUUAAAAAUAAGUAGAAGAACAAUAACCAAAUUAAGAAGAUUAAAGCAAUUUGUAAUAAGCAUAACCUUAAGAAUAAUAACAAUAAAAUUAAUAGAUAAAUUAAUAAUAAAAUAAUGCCCCAGUACUUAUAAAUUGUUAUUAAAUCAUACCAAAUGAAUUAUCAGGAGACAAUGUCUCUGCUAAAAUAUUAACGUAAUAUUCUUUAAUAUAAAUAGAUAUAAAAAAGAAAGUGCAGGUUUCUUUUCUUCUUCAUAUAUUGUAUUUCAAAUUGAGACUUAACCAAAUGGUUGGAUUGUCUUUAGAAGAUAUUCUGAUUUUGAAUGGUUAAGAGAGUCAUUAUAGAAAUUUUAUCCAGCUUUUAUUAUCCCCCCAAUUCAUAAAAAAAGAUCGAGAUCUUUUGAAGAUGUUUAUCUAAACAAAAGAAUGAUAUUUCUAUAAAGGUUUCUCAAUAGUAUUUUUAAAUCCUAUGAAUUGAAAAGUAAUAUAAUUGUGAAAAACUUUUUAAGUAUGACAUAGAAUAAUGAAUUUAAAAAAUUCCAAGAAGUACUAUAUUCAUAUAUAUGUAUUUUAAGAGUAUUACUAAAACUGCUCCUCCUUAGACAAUUUAAAGAAUGUUCUCAAAAGAUGGUCAAGUGAAUUGUGUUGCUCCAAAUGAGCUAUAUCUAUAUGCAAAUUAAACUUAGGAUUAUUUCUAAGAAAUAGAUGGUGUUUAUAAAAAAAUUAGAGUUUUAAGCAAAAGUCUUAAAGAAAUACAAUUAUAAAACUCUUUAAAGAUUUAUUGUGUUGGAGAAAUAUUUGCUUCGCUAUUCUCUCAUCUAAAUAAGUUAAAUUAAACGCUCCCAACUGGAUAGGCAUAAGGAUUAGCAGCAACCUUUUUAAAUUUAAAUAAUACAAUGAUUACUUGGGGCAAUAUUAUUGGAAAAUAAAUAGAAUAAACAGAAGAGUAUUUAAAUAGUUUUUUUAAAUAUUAAUAACACUACAAUUCUUCUAUUAAAUAAAUAUAUGAAACCAGAGCUGUUAUUUAACAAGAUCUUGAUAAAUUUAAAUCCAAACUACAUUAUAAAAAGGAACGUUUGUUUUAAUUAGGAGAUAUUUCUAAAUGGGAUUUAAGUAAGGAUAAUAAAAUGACCUAAUAAGAAUUACUAUAAAAUAAAAAGAUUGCUUUCUAACAUAUGUGUGAAUAAGAAACAAAAUAAGAAAUUGCAAUGGAAAUGCUUGUAGGUUAUUAUACCAAUCAAAUAUUUUCUUAAACUUAAUAAUUUUUUAAACAUCAACAGUAAGAAUUAGUGGGGCAUUUUAUUAAAUUCUGCCAAGUUUAAGCUUUCAAUAUUACAGAUGUAAUUUUUUAUUUAAUUCAAGCAUCAUUAAUUAUGGGCUGAUGCAAUAACGAAUCUAUAAAAUAAUUUAUAACAAUAAAAAUAGAUGUAAAAAGUUGUUGUUGAAAGUAUUGCCUGAUAAAUUGAGAGAAUUUAUUAAUAAUAUUCAAG